AAAAAGAAGAAGAAGGAGAAACACUUGCACAAGCUCAGAUUAGCUAUCUCGCUAGCUAGUUUUUCAGGAAUGGCAAAGUGUAAUGCCAGUUAUGGUCUUGGCCUUGCUUGCUUUGCCGUUGCGGUGGCAAUGGCCGGUGCAACUCGGUUCCAGGUAGGCGGCACCAAUGGCUGGAGCGUGCCGGUCGCCGGCGCAGAGUCUUUCAACACUUGGGCAGAGAGGACCAUGUUUCAGAUAGGAGACUCGCUAGAGUUCGUGUACCCCAAGGACCAGGACUCGGUGCUGCUGGUGGAGCCGGCGGACUACAACGCAUGCAACACGUCGUCGUACGUGAGGAAGUUCGACGACGGCGACACCGUCUUCACGCUCGACCGCUCCGGCGUCCUCUUCUUCAUCAGCGGCGUCGAGGCCAAUUGCCGGGCCAACGAAAAGCUCAUCAUCAUGGUCCUCGCCGCCGGCCGCAACGGCACUGGCGGUGCGCCGGCGCCGAGCACGGCGCCUCCGCAGUCGGCAUCUUCCCCUCCUCCUACCACUUCCAGUCCGCCGACGCCGUCCCCUCCAGCGCCCGCUCCUAAAGCUCCGGCCACCGCGUCGCCGCCGUCUCCCAGCUCCGCUCCCCCUCCUGCCGCUUCUGCUCCUACGACGACGCCAAGCACGCCGGCACCUUCUUCUUCGUCCCCUCCUGCUCCGGGCUCAUCGGCGCCUGCUCCGACGUCAACCCCGCCAUCUCCCCCGGCGGGUGCCCCGCAGGCACCAACGUCGGCCUCAGCAAGCUCUCCGGCUCCGAGCGCACAUGGGACGGCGAACUCGACGGGCACGUCGCCGCCUCCCUCCGGCUCCAACGACCGGAACGGCGCCGCCCUCACUGUGGCCACAGGCCUCGUCAGCUCGUUCGGAGCCAGCGUCGUUGGCUACGCCAUGCUUGCUCUCUGAAGUGAACCCAUUCUCUGUUCCAACGAAAGACUCGAGUACUGCACAUACUUAAGCACGAUUUGCAUAUGUCCUUGUAACAAUCUUGCAUUCGUUUUCCAUUGGAUGAAUAAGAGUUAAGAAGCGAGUCGAUUCAUUAA